UCUCAAUUAACAGCUGUUCGAGAGAGGAUGUUAUGAACGUAGACGAAGUAUUUGCAUGUCGAAGUAUUAUAUUUAUUUAUCCUUUUUUACAAAAAUUAUAUAUUUCAAUAAAGAAUUACAUACCGAAUGUGUAAUUUGAUAGUUUGAACCAUUAACAAUUAAUAUCAAAAUGGAGAAUAAUCAAAACGUACCCACUAAAUUACUUGAUUUAAAUUUGGAUUGCAUGCUGCGAAUUCUGAGUUACUGUUCUGAAGAGGAUUUGUUAAAUUUGUGCCGUGUACACCAUCAUCUACGAAAUGUAAUCGACAAAAAUAUAUUCUACAUGAAAACACUGGAUGCACUUAUGUGCGGACAUCGGAAUUGUACGCGCAUAAACAAAAGGUCACACUAUUUAUCAAUUUCCUAUGUAAGUCGUUUUCACAUAGCGCGUAACUGGUUACAAGGACGUUAUAGGGAGUACGAAUAUUAUAAUCAUAUACAAAUAUUUCCUACUAAACUACUUCUGGAACGGGAUAUAUUAUAUGUUAGCCACUUAGACUAUUUACGGCUAUACGGACGUGCUAAACACGAGCCACUGCAACGUAGGUGCUUACAAGAAAUAUCUACUGGUUCACGUGGAGAUAUAUCAAGUUUCGCCAAAAAGCAAGAUACAAUAUUCGCUGGUCGAGUUACGGGUAAUUGCUAUAUUUGGGAAGAUGGUAUAGUACAUGAACAACAGCUGCAUCGAGCCAAAGAAUAUUUACACUGUGUAGAUUUCGAAGAUGAAAUAUAUGCAACCAGUACUAACGUUUGUGCGAAAUUAUGGCGUCGCACAAGCGAACUCGGAUUGGUUUAUUUAGAACCAUUCGCAGAGAUGCCGCAGGAAUAUAAAGUUAUAAAGUUAUCUGAAGGCGGCGAACGUCUAUAUGGCGGUUUAUAUACCGAUAUAGAAAGAUAUGCCUUACGUGAAUUCGAUGUGGAAAGCGGCAAGGAAACUGUCUUAAACUCAAACACGCUUUCCAUAUAUGACUUACUUAUUAAGGACGAGAAUGUGUUAUUCACAGGCAACUUUGACACCACUUGCCGCAUGUACGAUCGUCGUUCUAACCGAGAUGAAGCCAUUUUCGAAGAUCCUUUUGAUUCGUCAUUCUACUGCGUUGAAUAUGACGGUUUGUAUGGACUUCUUUGCGGCGCCAAAUAUCAUAGGCGCGUCAAUUUAUAUGACAUACGUAUGCCAAAUACAUACCAACAAUUGUACUUCCCAAGACGCAGUAAAAAGGCGAGAAAUCAAAGUUCGCCUGUAUAUAGCAUUGCCUGUGAUAAUCGUUAUCUCUUUAUUGCAACGGAUCAAAAUAUACGUGUAUUUGACUUUAAAGAGGAUUGUGCAGAAAGCCGGGAUUAUCGUAAUAUAUUCGAUGACAAGCGUACUUUCCGUACACUGCAAUAGUAGUUAUGUUUGAAACUAAUCGUUUAUAACCUGUAUUUAAUACAAAUAUUGAUUGAAACGUGUUUUUUCGAAACAAAAAACUGUGUUUUUAGUUUAUCGCUUUAUUACUUAUUUACUUUUAUGAUUGUUUGAGUCAAGUAUUCUUUGCCAUGUUAUUUUAUUAGACUGAUUUACGUCCAGUCCUUCAUUAUUAUCUUUUAAGUAUAAAACAUAAACAUAAAAUUAAACAUUAAUACGUCCUUUGCCACAAAAUGUUAAUGUUGAGGUUAAACUAGUUCUAAUUAUAAGCGGCUAAUAAAAUAUAAGUAGUGUUAAACAAUUAAGCAAUGCCAAACUUUGAAAGUUAAAUCAGCGCAAGCUCUCUAGCCAUACAUAUAAUUGCUGUUUAUUAUACAUAUGCAGUAAUACAAAAAGGAAAAUUAUGAAUGCUUCAUAAAAUGUAUACCUUGAAAAAGCUUUUCAUUUAUGUUAUAAAAUUUUAAACCAUAUAUACAUGUGUAUAAAAUUGUUUGUAAAUAAAUAAUAUGUCUAUAAAAAAAGAGAAGUGAAUGUGCACUUACAUAUACACAUACAUAUAAAUUGAUGCUUUCAAAUGUUAAUAAAUGCAAACAACUUGCCAAAUUUAUUUUCAAGACUGCGUUUUAUUUUAUACAAAUAUUUAUUUCAUAUUUAAAAAAUGCGACAGUAAACAAAAUUUCAAAGUCAUAUUAAACUACUUUAUUUUCGUUGAAUUUUGUCAUUACAAUGCAAAAUAAUUUUGAAACCUUAUUUGAAGUACUUUUGUGCAUAUUAUGUGAUAAAUUACUUUUUCAAAUAUUUUAAUUUUUUUUUAAUUUUAAGAAAAUUAACUGUUAUCAAAAAAUAUUCGAAUGCAACAAAAAAUUACUAUAAAAACUUGUAGUGACUCGAUUUGUACAACUUCUUCCGAGAUUGCAGCAUUGUCUUGGGCAGUAAUAAAAUAUAAAUCCGUUCCUCCGACAGUCGGGUCCAAUUAACCGGAACGUUCACGGAUUUUAUACAAUCAAGAACUGUCAGCGCGGCACCUCGAAAUUAGUUAUUUAACAUUUUCUGUCGCUACAACAACAACAAUAACCCAUGCUAAACUUCUUGAACAAUUGAAAAUAUUUUCCAUACAAAAACUUGAUUGCAACCAUAUGGCAGAUAUACAUAUGCUGUGAUGUACCAAUAUCUGCGGUUUCGACAAAUGAACAGCUUCUUGGUGAGAAAAGGAUGUGUGCAAAAUUUCAUAACGAUAUUUUAAAACUUGAGGGAAUAGUUCGAGUGUGUACCGAGUGUCCGCCUGUCUGACAUGGCUAAAUGGACUCGGCUCGGCUCUUCGACGUUUCUUUCUUACAUACUUCGUGUCAAACUUAAUAUACCUUCCGACCGAAAUUAUUAUUUUUGUUUUAAACAUAUUUCUUAUAUUGUUAUUUUUUUAGCAAGUUAUAUGAAAAACACCUUCUUUACAACGAAAAAAGUAUUCGAUAUGUACUCUUAUUUUUAUUUUUAUUUU